UGCACGUAGGAUCACUUUCACUUCAACUCCAUAGUCUAUGAAACAGCAAAUCGCGGAUAUGGUCGAAAUAAAAGUGGAGAAAGAUCAGAUGGAUGUGGAGGAAGCUGUUAAAGGGGAAGGACUGAAGCAGUAUUAUAUUACAAAAAUUGAAGAAUUGCAACUUAUCGUAUCUGAAAAGACCCAGAAUUUAAGACGACUUCAAGCUCAGCGAAAUGAACUCAAUGCUAAAGUGCGCAUGCUUCGUGAAGAAUUGCAGUUAUUACAAGAACAAGGUUCUUAUGUUGGAGAGGUUGUGAAACCAAUGGAUAAGAAGAAAGUCCUUGUAAAGGUUCAUCCUGAAGGAAAAUUUGUUGUUGAUAUUGACAAAAAUAUUGAUAUUAAUGAUGUAACACCUAACAGCCGAGUUGCUCUUAGAAAUGAUAGUUAUACACUUCAUAAAAUUCUUCCAAAUAAGGUUGAUCCUUUGGUAAGUCUUAUGAUGGUUGAAAAAGUUCCUGAUUCUACAUAUGAAAUGGUUGGAGGUCUUGACAAGCAGAUAAAAGAAAUAAAAGAAGUGAUUGAGCUUCCUGUGAAGCAUCCAGAACUUUUUGAGGCCCUUGGAAUAGCUCAACCAAAAGGUGUUCUUCUUUAUGGUCCACCUGGAACAGGCAAAACUUUGUUGGCAAGGGCAGUUGCUCAUCACACUGACUGUACAUUUAUAAGAGUAUCUGGAUCUGAACUUGUCCAAAAAUUUAUAGGUGAAGGUUCUCGAAUGGUGAGAGAGCUUUUUGUUAUGGCAAGAGAACAUGCACCGUCAAUAAUAUUUAUGGAUGAAAUAGACUCGAUAGGAUCUUCUAGAAUUGAUGCAGGUUCAGGAGGUGACAGUGAAGUACAAAGAACAAUGCUUGAACUUUUAAAUCAGUUAGAUGGUUUUGAAGCUACAAAAAACAUUAAGGUACCUUUAAGGUUUUUUUUUUUCCUGUAUAUUAUAUUUAAUUGAAAUAUAUAUUAAAAUAAUUAUAAAACAUG